CGUUGGGCUCUCUUCCACUCCCCAGGCUCCAUGACCGUAAGAUGUGCAUCGUUGGCCUGAGCGUGCUGAUGGAGCUGCCCCGCCGGCCCCCAGUGCUGGAGGGGGUCUCUGCCCAGAUCCUCCCCUCAGUUCUGCUUCUGUUCCUGGGCCUCAAACACCUCUACGCCUCCCGCCUCGUCAACAAACCAGACCUGCUGGCCAAUGCAGGGGCACAGGACGAAGACCAGAAUGAGGAGAUUCCCAGUGAUGAAGAUGAGGUGAGCGAGAACCAGAGCGCCAUGCAGCAUCAGUCCAGCAGUCAGGCCGGGGAGGAGGAGGAGGAGGAGGACGACGACGAAGAGGAUUACUGGGAUGACGACGGGUUUGAGGGAACGCCCCUGGAGGAGUACAGCACUCCGCUGGACUACGACAACGGAGAGGACGAGUAUAGCUUCUUCACCUCCGCCCUGCUAAGUAAUUGAGUUUUUUUUUGUAUUCUACUAA